UUUCCUCUCGUGCUCUGAUAGAGGUGGGUUGGAUCUCCUCCCCCUCUCCCCGAUUCUCCCUUCUCUGUCGUACGUCCGAUCUAGGGUUUCUAUGGCGACGACCGAGGUGGAGUUCCGCUGCUUCGUCGGCGGCCUCGCGUGGGCCACCGAUAGCCACACCCUCGAGGAGGCGUUCCGACCCUUUGGUGAGAUCCUGGAGUCUAAGAUCAUCAACGAUCGGGAGACGGGGAGGUCGAGGGGGUUCGGGUUCGUCACCUUCGCCAACGAGCAGUCGAUGCGGGACGCGAUCGAGGGGAUGAAUGGGAAGAGCCUCGACGGGAGGAGCAUCACCGUGAACGAGGCCCAGUCCCGCGGUGGCUACGGAGGCGGCUACGAGGGGGGGAACCGCUACGGGAGGAGCGUCGGGGCCUCCGAGGGGGACAGGUGGUAGGAUCGCUCAUCUCUCCUCUUUACUCGGGUAUUAGUAUUUAAGCAGUUUGUGUUCUCGCAUGUGUUCUCUAUUUUUGAUCGCAAUAUGUGUUUGGUGAUGGAUCUUAAGACGCUAAGUUUUUGUUCUCUCGUAUUUCGGUUACGAAUUUAA